UCAUGAUGUUCUGUUCUGUCAAAGAAACAAACAAAACCGAGAGAGAGAGGGGGGAGAGAUUUAUUUUUUUUUCAUAAAUACCUUGCCAAAAGCGCACAAAUGUUUUCAGUAUCAGCUGAUAAGGCUAAAUAGAGCAUUCAAGAUUUAGGGUUUCUUUGUUAUGUCUGUUUGUUUGCUGCAUAGGACUACAAGACUGACUAGAAAGCAAAUUUCACCUCCUCCUCCUCCUGGUUUUGUUGCUAAGCCAUUCCUUCCUUUGCAUUUCUGGUAUGCUGUAUGUGUUGUGUGUAGAAUCAGAGAUGAGUAAUAACAAGGACAGCGAGGUUGGAUCAGAACGGGAAGUGCCUGGUACUUUAGAGACACAGCAGCUGGUUGAUGCACAAGAAGCCCCUGUGGAACAAGCUGAUAAUCCUUGUCCUUCUAAUGCUGAUGCUGUUGAUAUCCCUUUGGAGUUGAAUUCCAGUCUACAGCAAUCCCACCAAGAUUCUGCUCUGCCAACCCCAUUAGAUGAUAAAAGAAGCUUAGUCAUGCCUAAAGUUGAAUCUGCGAAAGAUGUCAAACCCAAUGGAACAUAUAAUUCGGAACCUGAAACAUGUGCUGGCGACGGCAUUUCUAUUUCAACUAGUCAUGUUGAAACUGCUAAACCCACUGUAGAUGCUGAAAUAAAACCCUCUGACAUGCAGGGUGCAACUGGUCAUGAUACUUGGGCAGUUGUUAAGAGGAGUAAUGAACCAGAUGUGCCUCAGGCUGGAUCUUCAGACGAUGAGGCAAAAGGUGAUAACAAGAGAGGAUCAGAUGAUGCAAAGAAUAAUAUAGAUACGCCUAGUCCCAAAAGUAAUGGAAACUCUACACCUAGGCGUACAUUUCUUUUGGAUGAAAAUAGUGGUGGUAGUGAAUCAGGUACUGAAGAGGAGCAAAAUGAUUUUCUGAGUGAGCUUCAUAGUUUCUUUAGCGAGAAGAGCAUGGAGUUCAAACCUCCUAAGUUCUACGGAGAUCUCCUAAACUGUCUUAAGCUGUGGAGAUCUGUGAUGAGAUUGGGUGGUUAUGACAAGGUGACCUCAUGUAAGCUGUGGAGGCAAGUAGGAGAAUCUUUUAAUCCCCCAAAGACAUGCACUACAAUUUCGUGGACAUUUCGAGGGUUUUAUGAGAAGGUACUACUUGAUUAUGAAAGACACAUAACAAAUGCUGGUGAGCUUGACAUCCCCAUUGCUUCCAAGUCUGAGCCCAAGCAGCUGAAGCCACCCAAGCUGUCCAGGUCAGAGCCUGUGCAUGUUGACAAUCAGGCUUCUGGAUCGGGUAGAACUCGUAGGGAUGCUGCUGCACGUGCAAUGCAGGGUUGGCACUCACUUCGUUUUCUUGGUAACGGCGAAGUUAGUAGCCCUAUCAUUAAGGACAAGAAUACUGUACAUGUGCAAAAGCGUGAGAAGGAGCUAAAAAACAUUGGUUUACUGAAACGCAAGAAACCAUCUUAUGUGGAACAUGCUGUCAAAUCUCCACGCACCAAAAGUGCACGAUUGGAUGUGGAGGUGACUGAUAUUGGAGCCCCAGCUGAUUGGGUGAAGAUCAAUGUACAGAAAACAAAAGAUAGUUUCGACGUGUAUGCUUUAGUUCCAGGUCUCCUCCGUGAAGAAGUUCGGGUUCAAUCAGAUCCAGCAGGGCGCUUGGUUAUCAGUGGUGAACCUGAGCAUGAGGAUAAUCCUUGGGGUGUCGCACCAUUCAAAAAGGUUGUCAACUUACCCUCGAGGAUUGAUCCACAUCAGACAACAGCUGUGGUAACCUUGCAUGGACAAUUGUACGUCCGUGUCCCAUUUGAGGAGUCAGACUGAUCAGUUGAAAAAGGUCUAUGCCUCUUAAAGACACAAGCGAAUUGCCAUUAGGGCAACGAAGCUAAUUGUUGGAGCUGGAUGGAUUUCAGACAUGGUUGUAAUUGCCCUGUGUUAGAUUAGUACUUAACCGUGUUGAUACUAUCCAGGUAGGAGGCUUUUUUUAAUUCAAGUUAUCCAUGGGACGUGUUAUAUGUUUUUGCUUGUGAGCUUUAUCCAUAUCGAACUUUCAUAUUUUCAUAAUGUUAUUGCAAGUUUCUCUCUG